UUGUUUGAUUGAUUUCAGUUUGUCUUUGUGAAGUUUAAUGCUUUCUGAUUACUGGGGUUUUGUUUUCUUGAAGUUCUUUUUGUUGUUGUUGCUAUUUUGGUAUAUUUAAGUUUGGUUCUUGAUAUUGUGUUUGUUCAAUUGAUUUCAGUUUGUUUUCUUGAAGUUACUUUGCUCUAUUUUGAUGUAUUUUAGUUUGGUUCUUGAUACUGUGUUUGUUCUAUUGAUUUUAGUUUAUUUUGUGAAGUUUAAUGCUUUCUGCUUUCUGGGGUUUUGUUUUCUUGAAGUUCUGUUUUUGUUUUUUAAUAGCUAUUUAUGUGUAUUUCAGUUUGGUUCUUGAUACUAUGUUUGUUCAAUUGAUUUGAGUUUGUUUUGUGUAGUUUAAUGCUUUCUGCUUUCUGGGGUUUUGUUUUCUUGAAGUUAUUUGUUCUAUUUUGAUGCAUUUUUCAGUUUGAUUCUUUAUAUUGCUUGUUCUUGUGCUGAGGUUAUACUGAAAACAACCUGUCUACCUCCCAAGGUAGGGGUAAGGUUUGCCUACACUCUACCCUCCCCAGACCCCACUUGUGGGAAUAUACUGGUUAUGUUGUUGUUUGUUUUUCAGUUUGGUUCUUGAUAUUUUUGUUUGUUCAAUUGAUUUUAGUUUGUUUUGUGAAGUUUAAUGCUUUCUGCUUUCUGGGUUUUAGUUUUCUUGUUCUUUUUUUAAUUUGGUUGCUAUUUUGGUGUAUUUCAGUUUGGUUCUUGAUAUUGUGUUUGUUCAAUUGAUUUAAGUUUGUUUAUAUGAAGUUUAAUGCUUUUUGAUUACUGGGGUUUUGUUUUCUUGAAGUUAUUUUGUUCUAUUUUAAUGUGUUUUCAGUUUGGUUCUUGAUACUGCUUUGAAUUGCUUGUUCUUUUGCCGAGGGUCUACCGAAAACAGCCUCUCUACCUCCCAAGGUAGGGCUAAGGUUUGCUUACACUCUACCCUCCUUAGACCCCACUUUGUGGGAUUUCACUUGCUGGAUAGUAGGUGUAAGUGACUACGUUUAGAAUAUACUCAUUGAUGGUGCACGUAAGCUGGGGUGUACGCUUCUACUGAAAAAUUGGAACAAAGCUUAAUUGCAGUAUAUUUAGUAUUGGAGCCUCAAAAAUGUCGAGCGGAGAUGGACGAAAAGUCUCUUGUGAAGAUAUACAAAUGGUGCAAAAUCGGAUAGAGCAGUGUCUUCGGCAAUACAUGAGUCGGAAAGAAGUUGUGAACACUCUCUUCAUCCAGGACAACAUAGAGCCUAGAUUUACUGAACUUGUUUGGCAGAAACUAGAAGAAGAAAAUCAGGAAUUUUUUCAAGCAUAUUACCUGAAGCUGAUGGUGAAAGAGCAAAUAAUUGAAUUCAACAGGUUGCUUUCAGAACAGGUGAAGAUGACACAACAAUUUCCAAGUGCAGUUGCUUCUCUACCUAUGUCUAAUGGGUGUAAUAUUUCGCCAAUGCAUCAAAAUUCAACUUGCCGUGCUGCCGAAAAUGUUGGAACUGCUGCAAAGCCUAAUGGCAUGCAUGAAUCUGUACAUGCAGACAGAUCCAAUGCAUUCAGUAACAGCAGCUCGUCUGUUCUCUCUUGCAUGCAAACAGCAAUUGAUAUUCCUUCUCAAAGCAGGAAAAUUGACAUUCCUCCAAAUAUGUAUUUGGGCCAGCCCUCUAACAUGGGGAUGAGACAGACAAUGGACGGGAGGAUUAUUAAGACAGAACCUGUCUAUGGCGGCAAUUCUCCAUUUGCCUUUGGUCCUCAUGGCAGUUACUUGGAGUCACAUUCUGCAAUGGGCGAUGCAUCUGUUUCGUCAUUUAGUAGUGUGGAAUCGAACACACAACCUCUUAAUGAACCUCUUCUGGAUGCUGACACCAAUUCCUUUGGAUUUUUAGGGGAAAUAUCUCAAAAUUUUGGUUUCUCAGACUUGACGGCUGAUUUCACUAAUAGUUCUGAUAUAUUGGAGAGCUACUCUCGGACUCCCUUUCUAGCAACAGAUACAGGCAACUUGCUUGAUUCAAAUGGAGGCAUUGAGAGGUUAACCAAUGCAUCAGAGAGCUUGAGAUAUACUAAUUUCACUCCAGAUUGAUUGUGUAUAGAUUUGAUCACACACACACGAUAAUAGGUUUUGUAUAUGCUGCUCAAGUGGUUUAGGAUAUUUGGAUUCUCUGGUAUUGUGGGCUUGAUGUUUUCAUGGUGAAUAAUUCAAACAUGAUAGAUUUCAGUAGAGAUCUUGUACAAAGAGUUGAAUGUGAUUUAGAACAUUGUUAUUUUAGCCACGUAUAGCAUACUGUCUGAUUUUUAGUGUAACUAUGGAAACAGUGAUGAAGUUUAGUGCAUAUUGGACCAGGGAUAUUUCAGCUUUUCCUUUUGUUGUU